GGAGGAGGAGGGGUUCCCCCUGUACCGUUACUCCCCUCCCCCCCCGGGCCCCGUUAUAAGGGGUAGGAUGCCGAAUUUUUGCGCCGCCCCGAAUUGCACCAGGAAAAGCACGCAGUCCGACUUGGCCUUCUUUAGGUUUCCGCGGGACCCGGGCAGGUGUCAGAAAUGGGUUGAGAACUGUCGAAGAUCUGACUUAGAGGACAAAACCCCCGACCAGUUGAACAAGCAUUAUCGCCUGUGUGCCAAACACUUUGAGGAUUCAAUGAUCUGUAGAAAUAGCCCCUACAGGACGGUUCUGAGAGAAAACGCCGUUCCCACGAUAUUUGACCUAACGAGCCACCUGGGUAACACCGGCAGGCGCAGGAAGAGGAUAAAGGAGCUGACAGAAGAAGAAAUAAGAGCAUUAAAAGAGAGAAAACUUGAUACCGCAGCUUCGGAGCAAGAAAACCACAAGGCUAACAGCGACGCGGACGUGCAGGUCGUCGAGAUAGAAGAAGCAGAAGAAAGAGCAGCUCUGACGCCAGAGGAAAGAGAGAAUAAAGAUUACUUAAAAUCCCUCUUUGAGAUUUUGAUAUUAAUGGGAAAGCAAAACGUGCCUUUGGAGAGUCCCGACUCCGAGGUGCUCAAAGGAACUUUCGUCCCCGAUAACUUCCAGGCUCUCCUGGAAUACAGAAUAAAUUCGGGGGACGACGUGCUGAGGAGGCGCUUUGAGACGACCGCCGUGAAUCUCGAAUACUGUUCUUAUAAACAGCAGAAGCAAAUGCUGGAGAUCUGCGAGAGCUGCAUCAGGGAAGAGGUCCUCCGGGAGGUCCGGGACGCUCAGUUCUUCUCCAUCAUUGCCGACGACACCGUCCAGCUGGCCGGCGAUGAAUACUUACCCGUGUUUGUGAGAUUUAUAGACGAGACUAACUACCUGCGCGAAGAAUUUCUAGGCUUCCUACCCAGCGAGGUCGAAGCGGAGGUGCUGGCCGUGAACUUUCACACCACCAUCACGGAGAAAUGGGGACUGAACAUGGAGUACUGCCGCGGGCAGGCCUACGUCUCGUCGAGCGCCGUCUCGCCCAAAAUGAAAUACGUGGCUUCCCAGCUGCUGAAAAGAUACCCGCGAGCCGUUUAUACUCUGUGUUCUUCUUGUGCCUUAAAUAUCUGGCUGGCGAAGUCGACGCCGGUCGCCGGGGUUUCCGUGGCUUUGGGGACCCUGGAAGAUCUUCACAAGUUUUUUAAGAAAUCGCCGGUUUUACAGGAAGAGUUAGACUUUACUAUAACGCUCCAGUUUCUCCACAGCGACGAGAGAGGGACGGAGCUAAAGAAAGUUAUCCGCUCCGAGUGGGUAAGCAGACACGACACUUUUGAGAUUAUGGUCGGCCUUCUGGAGUCCUUCGUGCUCUGCCUGGACAAAGUCGCCUGCGAUACGUCGUUUAAAUGCAACGCGACGGUAACCAGCCACGCGUUUGUGCUGUCGAGUGCCUUGAGUGAUUUCGACUUCAUCGUCACGGUCGUGAUAUUGAAAAACGCCCUGUCCUUCACCAGAGCUUUCGGGAAGAAUCUGCAGGGGCAGACCUCCGAUCUGUUCUCUGCGGCCAACAGCCUGACGGCCGUGCUGCACGCUCUGAACGAGGUCCUGGAGAACAUCGAGGUUUACCACGAGUUCUGGUUCGAAGAGGCCACCAAUCUGGCGGCCAAGCUGGACGUUCCGGUUAAGCUGCCGGGCCGCUUCCGUCGAAUGCAGCAUGCCAAUCUGCAACCGGAUCUAACGCCUGAAACCUUCUACAAAGAAGCUCUUAGCAUACCCACCAUUCAACACAUCAUUCAGGGGCUGAAGGAUAUCUUCUCGGAGCAGCAUCUAAAAGCCCUCAAGUGCUUAUCUCUGAUCCCCUCUGUGAUGGGCCAGCAAAAAUUCAGCACCAGCGAAGACCACAACACGGACAUCUACAAAUGCGACCUUCCCAACCCGGACACGCUGUCCGCGGAGCUGCAUUGCUGGCGGGUGAAAUGGAAGCAUAGAGGGAAAGACGUGGAGCUUCCGUCAGACAUUUACGAGUCCCUCCAUCUGCCCGACAUUAAGUUCUUUCCCAACGUUUACGCGCUCCUCAAGGCUUUGUGCGUGCUGCCAGUCUUUAAACUGGAAAACGAGAGCUACGUGAUCCGGAGAUCUCGUUUGAAAGCCUACUUGGAAGGUACGCCUGCGGAGCAGAGGUCCAGUCACCUGGCCCUGGUGCACGUCAAUAACGACGCAAGGCAUGACCUGGACUUAAUGGUCGACACCUAUAUAAAAUUAUACGCGGAGAAAAGCGAAAGUGACGUUCUCAAUGAUAAAUCUGAACUCGAUGUAGCAUAGGUGUUACUUUUUUUUUGUAUUUGAAAUCUAAGCCUUAAGGAAUGAAAUCCUUAAAAAUAAAAAAAAUAUAUGAAUUUCCAACAUGCGAAGGUAUGAGGUUUUUUGUUUUAUAUUUUGAAAAUGUGUAUGAUGUUGUACAGUUGUUAAUUGUUUGAUCAAUUAUACUAAUAUGUAAUUCUGGAAGAAAUGUGGCAUUCUUGUAGAUAUAUGGUAAAAUUAUUAAUUUUUUUGCAUCUUUAGUAUUCUAGGAACGUUGAGGAAACUUUUACAGUAAAGUUUAUCGAAAAAACUCAUGCAUAGGGUAUUUGUUUUAGAGCUCUGAGUAUGGAAGUCGUUUAAUAUAUAUUCGCCUGAAAGCCGUAUGAAAAAAUUUAAAGAAUGGAAUUUUUUCUUUGUAUUUUUAUACUUUUUUUU